AUGAGCGCCCGCCCGCCCAGCCAGCCCUCGGGCCCCGGCGGCGCGGCCAUGGCCGAGCUCAAGUCGCUGUCCGGGGACGCGUAUCUGGCGCUGAGCCACGGCUACGCGGCGGCGGCGGCGGCGGCGGCAGGCCUUGCCUACGGGGCGGCCCGGGGGCCCGAGGCGGCCCGCGGCUACGGUGCGCCGGGUCCGGGCGGCGACCUCCCCGAGGCGCCCGCGCCCCGUGGUGCGGGCGCGGCGGCCGAGAGCAGCGGCGAGCAGAGCGGCGACGAGGACGACGCCUUCGAGCAGCGGCGGCGGCGGCGCGGGCCGGGGGCUGCGGCGGACGGGCGGCGGCGGCCCCGGGAGCAGCGCUCGCUGCGGCUGAGCAUCAACGCGCGCGAGCGGCGGCGUAUGCACGACCUGAACGACGCGCUGGACGGGCUGCGCGCCGUCAUUCCCUACGCGCACAGCCCGUCGGUGCGCAAGCUGUCCAAGAUCGCCACGCUGCUGCUCGCCAAGAACUACAUCCUCAUGCAGGCGCAGGCCCUGGACGAGAUGCGGCGCCUCGUGGCCUUCCUCAACCAGGGCCCCGGCUUGGCCACGCCCGUGGCCGCCGCGCCCUUGACGCCCUUCGGCCAGGCCGCCGUGUACCCUUUCUCAGCGGCCGCCGCGCUGCCCUGCCCAGACAAGUGCGCUUCCUUCUCCGGGACGCCCUCGGCGCUUUGCAAACACUGUAACGAGAAGCCGUAAGGGUCGCGGGCGGCCCCCGCCUUCUGCGCACGUCCUCCAUUUUACAUUGCCCCCAAUGACUGUGUCACCCUGCCCCCACCGGACCCCCGCCAACGGGGAGAAGGCGGCCCGACCUCCCUUCCAGCCCUUGAACAGAUGGCGGCUGGGGGAAGCGCAAAGCCUGUCUCGGCACUGGAUCGAACCGGAGAGCGGGGACGCUGGAAUCCAUGCCGGGGAGCCCGCAGCGCCCACCCUCCCGACGCCCCCAGUUAUCGAGCCCGGGGACAGGUCGGGGGUGACCAACAGUGGUGGUCCGGGCACCGCCGCUCACCCUCAAAAAGAAAACCAGGGCCGCAGCGGAAGCGAAGACUAGCACCAUCCCGAACAGGGGGUCUUGCCUGGCGCCUGCCCCGGGCUCGCGGAGCGCGAGGACAGAGCGUAGCCGGGCUUGGCGGGUCGUGGCCCUCGCGUUCGGGCGCCUCCUCGGCC